CUAAGUAGCUAGAACCUCCAGAGAAUCGAAUUGAUAGAGAUUCAAGAGGAUACACAGCCUAUACUGUUGUAUUGAAAAAGGUGGGUCAAUCUCGAUCCAUCAUCAUUCCGUAUAGCUGCUGCCUAGGAUUCUCUUCCAGUCCAGCAGCAGCUAGCGCGCAGUUUAAUUAGUUGGGGCCGGCCGGCCGGCGAUGGCGUUGAGGGAGAUCGAGUCGACGCUUCCCCCCGGGUUCAGGUUCUACCCGAGCGACGAGGAGCUGGUGUGCCACUACCUCCUCAAGAAGGUGGCCAACGAGCGCAUCGCCCAGGGGACGCUCGUCGAGGUCGACCUCCACGCGCGCGAGCCAUGGGAGCUCCCAGAGGUGGCGAAGCUGACGGGCAGCGAGUGGUACUUCUUCAGCUUCCGCGACCGCAAGUACGCGACGGGGUCGCGCACCAACCGCGCCACCAAGACGGGCUACUGGAAGGCCACCGGCAAGGACCGCGAGGUGCGCAGCGGCGGCGCCGUCGUCGGCAUGCGCAAGACGCUCGUCUUCUACCGCGGGAGGGCCCCCAACGGCGUCAAGUCCGGCUGGGUCAUGCACGAGUUCCGCCUCGACACCCCGCACUCGACGCCCAGGGAAGACUGGGUGCUGUGCAGGGUGUUCGAGAAGACAAAAGGUGACGGCGGCGACGGCCAAGACGGCGACUCCGCCUUCUCGCCCCCCGUCUUCGCCGGAUCGUCACGCGUCGAGCCGCCGCCGGAGCCGGACCACUCCGCAUCAUCAGGCGGCGGCUGCUACGGCUACCUCCCGUCGCAUCAGCAGGAGGUGGCCGUGCUGCCGCAGUAUAAUUACUACGGCGGCGGCGCGGACCACCACUAUGGCUUCCCGCGGGAUGACGCGGCCGGCGCGCUGCCGGGGUUUGGGCUUGGCGGCGACGGGUACGGGUUCGGCUACUUUGACAUGGGCGGCGGCGGCUUCGGGGACGUGGCGAGCCUUGGUGGCGGCAUGGACUUUCCGGAGGUGUGGGACUGAAUGUGCAACGACCUCGUCGUGUCUCUCUUCAGACAUGAUACAUUGUUUACUAGGUUAAUUAAAUUUAUUAAUUGUUUACAUGCACAUGGGGGUUGAUAAUAGGUUAAUUUGGGUUUGGAAAUGCUGUGAGAUUAUUGGAAGGUUCGGUGUGCACAUGAAAACCAAAUGUACAUUAAUUGGAAAAAUUGGAUUUCGUUUUUUAUGUAAA